ACCACUCUUACCCUUCAACCACACUUCUUCUUCAUCUUGUUUUUAAUUUCCGUUAAAUUUUGCAUUGAAUUUUUGUCCAGUUAUUAAAUUACAGUAAAUACAUGAAGUUUUUAUUAGAAUUCGUGACGUGUUGCACGACAACCCCUGCGAGCAGCACCUCAUGCAGGGACGACGACGAAGCUGACGGAACUCACGGCGGCGAUAGGCGUUCGGAGGAGACGCGAGCGUUGAUGACAAUUGUGUCGAGGAGAUGUAAGAGUAAACAAAAAAAGAGGGGUAGAGUAGGAGCCACGUCUGGUGCGGUGGCUGAUGAUUGGAAGCCGACUUUAACUUCUAUAUCGGAGGAUACCGUGGCGGCGCAGGCGGCGGAGAAGGCGGGGAGGGUGGUGAAAAGAAAAGGCGGCGGUGGUUGUGGUGGUCGAAGCGGGUCCCGUAAUAUUGCUAGUAUCGCUGGCUAUAAUGAAGAUAGGCGAAAUAAGUUCACGAUGAUUCCAACUUUCUCUGCAACGCCAUUUAUGAUUUAGCAGAUUUGGAUUUAUUGGAUGUAAAUAAUAUAAAUUAGUCAAAUUAUGUGCGAAUUCUCAGAGGAUUGAGUUGAAUUAAUAAUUGGAAGUUCUUAUAAAACUGCUAAUUUUUGUUCAUCCAUAACGUGUUGGUAUUUGUUAAUAUUUCUUUUUGAAUAUAAUGCGUUAUCGAUCCUUAUGUCCAUCUGUGUAUAUAAUGAUAAAUUACGUUUAGCUAA